GAACAAAGAUAAAAGCAAAGCGAUCGGACACGCGACGCAGUGGUAGGAGGAGAGACGAGAGAAUGAGAGAGAGAAACCCGAUGAAUUUCAGUUCAGUCAGACUCGCGUCGACCAGCGACAACGAGCUUUUCACUUUACGCGGAUUCGCACGCGAACGUGAACGCGUCCGUUUGACGGGCUCCGUGCACCUGCAUCGCCGCUCUCACGUGUGCGUGAAGUGCAUCAUAUACCGCUCGGAAAGGGCAGCACGGUGAUAUCGCUGACGCUCCGCGUUACGUUCGGAAUUUAAACAGAUGGCGAGUUCGGUACGACAGGUUUUCAACACUCGUCGUCGUCUUGUACUGAGUCCAAUACAAACCCAAUCGAUCGGAGGGAAAGGGCGCCUCUGAAAACGUGAUACGUUAGUGCUCCUCGUCGUCGUCGUACACACCGCGGCGGUGGAAAUCCCGCCGCAGUCUCCGUUUCACGUCUCCGUAUCCGCGUAGCGUUUCGACACCCUUUUGCAUCGUGUUGUUUCGCCGUUUCCCCUCUCCCUCCCCACCCCGACCCGCCCUCGUCCCCCACGUUACGGAGCGAUCGUCGAUAGCUGAUAGACCGGAUCCCCGAGAGUUGCGUUCCCUCCUCGUCGAGGCGAAGCGUGGCGAGGCGAGAGCAGGUGCGAGACGGAACCGUCGUGGCGUGAUAUAUCAUCGCCGGGCACAAUGGCUUGCGAAUUCUUUAAGCUUGAACGAUGGCCGAUUCACGCGGCUUCAAGCCAAUAAACCAGUUGUGGCAGAGCGCGACAGUGUCGACGGAUCAGGAUUCGGAGCGCCUCUACGAGGAGAUCCCGGGCCUCUCGGGGUCCCAGGAUACGGAGCCGACCGGUGCCGCCGUUGGAGAGGCGCUGGGGGAGGAAGAGGAGGAGGAGGAAGAGGAGGAGGCGGAGGAAGAGAAGGAGAACGCCGGUGCCAGAGGGAGGCUCGACUUCGGGGCUCAGGUCGGAGGUAACGGCUCGGCUUGGUGGCGCAGCGGCAGGCAAGGUAGGGAGGAGGUCGCCAGCGGCGGUACCGGCCGCAGGAGCAGCGCCGGCAGGAGCCGACGGGCGAACGGCGGCGCGGAAUCGUCGCGCGGCAGACCGGCCGAUCGGCCAUCGGGUGCACGUCAGACCGUCAUCAGCAGGGUGGAGGAGGAGCAGUAUGCCGCGCGCAGGAGCCACGUGGAGCCCGGUACAGGAGCCGUACUGCCGGCCACCGCUGCCGGCCUCAAGCUGACCAGGGGGCGAGCGAGCAGCAGCAGCAACACCGUCGCCCGGUACUUGCACUCGGCCAACACCAACGCCGCGCACUACCAUCACCAUCACCACGGACACGGAGUGCACGGCCAGUAUCCCCCCGGCGUCAGGACGACCGGUAGGCAGCACCGCCAUCAUCACCCUGGCCGCGGCUCGUUCAGUAAUGAGACGCAGGAAGAGGUACAGGAGGACGAUGAAGCCACUCUACGGGAGUUGCUCGUAAGUCUGCAGAAACAGGUCAGCGUUAUGAGUUCGAACUUGAAUGCCAAGCUGGACGAGCUGCAGCAGCGGGGUGACCGCCAGCUGGAGACUACCGUCGCUCUCUGCGAGAUCCGCACGCAGCUGCAGGAGCUCACGAAGAGCGUAGAGUCUUGUCAGAGCGAAGUCAGCGAGGUGAAGCGGGAUAUGGUCGCGAUCAAGCACGAACUAGAUACGGUACAGCAGGUUAAGGAGGAAAUAGAAGAAUUGCGAGAGUACGUGGAUCGACUGGAAGAGCAUUCCCAUCGGCGGAAACUUAGGCUCUUGGAGCAGGGACUGACGCUUUUCCUGUCGUACGCGAUACUGGCUGCCGUUUUGGGAAUGUUGCAGUUCGGAUACAACACUGGAGUGAUUAACGCGCCUGAAGUGAAUAUAGAGAACUUUAUGAAAGACGUGUACAAGGAUAGGUACGGGGAAGACAUUUCGGAUGAUUCUGUUAAGAAAUUAUACUCCGUGGCCGUGAGCAUAUUUGCGAUCGGUGGUAUGGUGGGUGGCUUCAGUGGAGGGACAAUUGCCAACAGAUUUGGCAGAAAGGGAGGCUUACUGCUAAACAACGUGCUGGGCAUCGUGGGGGCGUGCCUGAUGGGUUUCACGAAGCUCGCUGAGUCAUACGAGAUGCUGUUCUUCGGACGUUUCAUCAUCGGUGUCAAUUGUGGCUUGAACACCUCGUUGGUUCCCAUGUACAUAUCGGAAAUAGCGCCAUUGAACCUGAGAGGCGGCCUAGGCACGGUGAACCAGCUCGCUGUUACGGUGGGCCUCCUGGUCUCCCAGGUGCUGGGCAUCGAGCAGAUUCUUGGAACAAACGAGGGUUGGCCCGUUCUCUUAGGACUAGCUAUCUGUCCUGCCAUUCUACAGUUACUGCUGCUUCCAGUUUGCCCUGAAUCUCCGAGAUAUUUGCUCAUUACUAAACAGUGGGAGGAAGAGGCUCGGAAAGCUUUGAGAAGGUUGAGAGCCAGUAACCAAGUAGAAGAAGACAUUGAGGAGAUGAGAGCGGAGGAACGAGCUCAACAAGCCGAGUCUACCAUCUCAAUGACAGAGCUUAUAUGCAGCCCAACUCUGAGAGCACCUCUCGUGAUUGGUGUGGUUAUGCAACUUUCGCAGCAGCUUUCGGGUAUCAAUGCCGUAUUUUAUUAUUCUACGAAUCUGUUCACUAGUUCUGGUUUAACGGAUGAGAGUGCCAAGUUUGCAACCAUUGGCAUAGGUGCCAUCAUGGUUUGUAUGACGCUAGUGUCCAUCCCGCUCAUGGAUAGGACAGGAAGGCGUACAUUGCACUUGUAUGGUCUCGGUGGCAUGUUUAUCUUUUCAAUAUUCAUCACAAUUUCAUUUCUCAUAAAGGAGUUCUUCGGCUAUGUGCAGGAAAUGAUCGACUGGAUGUCCUAUCUCUCGGUGGUGUCGACGCUGAGCUUCGUCGUGUUCUUCGCGGUAGGACCCGGAUCGAUACCCUGGAUGAUCACGGCAGAACUGUUCUCGCAAGGCCCCAGACCGGCCGCCAUGUCCAUCGCGGUUCUCGUCAACUGGAUAGCUAAUUUUUUGGUUGGCAUCGGUUUUCCAAGCAUGAAGACUAGCCUUGAAAACUACACGUUCCUACCGUUCAGUGCAUUUCUAGCCAUCUUCUGGAUCUUCACCUACAAGAAGGUUCCUGAGACUAAGAAUAAAACAUUCGAAGAGAUUCUAGCUUUAUUCAGACAUGGUAACGACAGGAGCAGCUUGCGGGACAGCAGACUUUAUGGGAGCAUGCUAAACUGUGUGAAUGCAUUAGAGGGACACAUACCGCCAGCAGAGAGCGCAGCCCUGAUGGUGGCGGAGGAGAAGCCACAUCCCGAUUCAUUAUAAUUCGAAAGUGCAGAGGCGUCAAAGUGCUGGUUAUACGACAAAGUAUACAUUGCCGCUUCGCUACGAACAAGACACACACGAGUGUUCAUAUAUAUAUAUAUAUAUAUAUAUCGCGGGGACAUUAUUAAACCGUACCUUAUCUACCUUUCGCGCGUUGCCAAUAGUAAAUUAGGACAACGUGGAGUGGAUUUGAAUAAUAUGAGACGACGGGAGAUCGGUGCGACGCGCGCGCUCCGCGAAGCCACGUGUUAUUAUACAUAUCGAGAAAUCGCGAGUUUCAGUCGAUCUCCAACGACACUAAGUUCGUUCGAACGUUCGCAUACAAUAGGUGGAGCCACCUAAUUAAGUCUACUCAUUAAGUUCUUUUUCUCGCUCGUCUGUCUACGGAAAAAGAAGAAAAAAAAAAAUCGAACUCCAGGCUAAAAAUCCGAGGGUCUCGACGGAGGACACUUUCCUUCACUGACAUUCACACUGACUUUACUUUCAUUCUCACUCUGCGUGAUCGUUUACGUUGACAAAUUAAAAAUCGUAGAUCUCGUUCUCUCUCUCUCUCUCUCUGUCUUUCUAUCUCUACUUCUAUCUCUACUUUAGCUACCUUUCAUUCACACUGCUUGGGUUAGGCACUCUCUCUCGCUUUCUCUUUCUCUCUCUUUCCUCGCGACAUUACUCCAGGAACUCGGCGAAUCUUCUUCCGAGCCUCGUUCAUCACACUAGAGCUUAUUUUUCUGACGGUGUAUCUGUGUGCGUGCGUGCGUGUGUGGAUGUGUGCGGGCGUGCGUGCGCGCGCGUACACAGUAGCUACUCGCGAUAGCGUCGUGAAAAUACAUACCUGGUAACAGUGGAAUUACGUAACACAUACGAACGAUCGGGAGUUUCUAAACGUGUCGCCCCCGGGAGGAGAGAGCAAUUUCAAAUUUCUCUCGACGGCGUCUCCUCCGCGCUGCACACCUCGUGACGCGAAGUGUGACAACGUGUUCCAGGAUGAUAAGCUCUGUGUAUGGAUAUCUUACCCCGCAUAGCGCGAGAGCUAACGUUAACAAUGCUGCAACGUUAGCAACAUUGCAACAUUGCAGCAGUAUUACUGCGAGCUUCUGGAUUAUAUGGGACGUCUAUACUUUUACUAUUAUCUCUUCCUCUCUCUCUCUCUCUCUCACUUUCUCUAAUUUUCUCUCUCUCUUUUCUUUGUGCAAUAUAUAUGACAGUUUUCCAUCCUGUGUGUAUCUCUACACUGUCUUUGGACUUAGUUGACGCUACGUGUAUAAUCUUACGUAACAACAAGUUGGUAGACACUCACGUACCGCUUUGUUUUUCUACGGAUAUAUAUUAUCGUACAUACAUUAUUAUUAUCAUUGUUAUUAUUAUUAUAUAUAUUACUUAUAAUGCGCUAUAUCGUCACUGGCCUUUGUAGUAGUUUAAAGGAAGGCGGGCCAAUUGCGAAUUCCACACUCUAGACACACGCGCAUACCGACGUAGCGGGCGAUCCACGACGGAGGAUCCGUCCGGCCGCGCGACGCAUUAUUCAUCGAAAGCCGAUGUACAUAUAUACGUAUACUUGGCGCGUUGUCGUCGUUGUUGUUAUUGUUGUUACAGUUGUUAUUGUUGCUGCUGCUGCUGUUGUUGCUGGCGCUGUUAAUUUUGGUACGAUUACAAUCGUAACCGAUUACAAUCGACAACUCGAUACUUAUACUUUCGCAGCAUGAGUGGUGUAAGGGGCAUGCGCGCAUGAAUGUAAUCUCUUUCUAGUUGCGUAGAAGAGCGAGAAGUUUUCAUCCGAGAAGUUUGAAAGUCUUCUCGGGCGUAUCUCUCCGCACCCCGGGAGGGUCGAACGCGGUUCUCGCGGACGUUCGGUUUUCGAGGGGAGAAAGGAAGAAACGAAGGGCGAACGAAUCGUUUUCUCGGAUCUCUCGUGCGUGAUUGAUUCGUAAUCGACGCACCCGGUGGGGAACCGAGGGACACGAAGAAACGAAUUAUGUAUUCUUACAUUACCACGAACGAGUGUACACUGAAUAUCUCCCCGAAUGAAUCGAUGGUCUUUCCACACGACUUAAGCAGGGACACAAUGUCGACGGUAUCGCCGUUAUUUUUCCGCUCGAGCGGAGGGGUUCGCUCAAGGAUAUCCGCGAUGAAUGAGCGGCGGCAAGCGUUGAAAUCACCUCGAAAUUAGCGUUUCGCGAUCACCGCCUAAAUGAAUCGGCCGACGACGCACACCCGACACCGACGCAUCCGUACUUCGAGGCUCACACGAGUGAGAUGACCCCCCGACCCUUCGAGCGCGAUUCACCUUCUUUCUGGCCAGUUUCCGCAGAUGCGCUUGAAAUUGCAUGGGAUUAGCUCGAGGAGAGGCCGUCGAGAGUAAUGGUUACAAAGAAGGCGCUCCCCUUUGUAUCGCGCGCUGCGCCCGUAAUUAACGUCUUCGUUUCGAGAAUAAUAAUCGCCGAGGCGCGACGCCCCCGCCCCGUCUCUAGCUAGCUGCACUCUGUAUUUCCGGGGGGACAAAAGAGACGGGGGAUUAUCGCGGGAGUGAUCGCUCUCGAGCCCGCCACGCCGAGUUAAUCCGACCGAGACGACGGCCAAGCCGACGACCCGCUCUCUCGGUAUUCUUCCUCCUCGCCCGUGAGACAGCAGUAGAAAAGCUUGCUUGCCGUCUUGUACGAGAUACGAUAUAUGCAUAUAUAUACAUACAUACGUACUCUCUUAAGUCGAAUCAGUGAAAACGUCACUGGUUGAAUCGGUAAAACCAGUGCUGCACUGAUAAUUAGUGAGUAUUCAUUAAUUUUUCGCGGAGACACUUCCAUUCAGUUCUUUUGUCCCAUUCGGUUCUUUUGUCUCACUCUGUCUUAUACUUCACUGAUUUCUACCAGCGAAAGAUUCACUACAAAUCGCUAUUACGUAUUGCUAUAUGCAUCAUGUAGCGGAAACUAUACGUCAUAUGGUAGACAGACUCAGCCAGAGAUUUCGAGUUCGAAUCACAUCGGGAUAAGGGUGUUUUUCCAAAUACGAUAUAAACUAAAUGAAUUAAACAUAAAUAAACAAUACUUCAGGUAAAAUCGCAGACGUCUUAAAAAUGUAGUUAAAAUAAUAAAAAGUAGAAGGAAAGGCAGUAUUAUGGCUCCGCAUUUGUACGAUAACAUCAUCAACAGUCGUUAUUUUAAAUUGAGAUCUGAACGAUUACAUUCGUCAAAGUGUUGUUUCAUUGAUUCCAGACGCAAAAUUACGAAAUAUUUAUUAUUUAAGACGUUAUUUCUAAAAAUAUGACGACGCUGUAUAAUGGGUUGCAGAGAAACCGGGAUAGUAAUGUGGCUUCCAACUAAAAUAAAUUUAAAAAAUUGCCAUACUAACGCCAUUAUGACGGACUGCAAAAUAAAUUAUCCCAUAUGUCCAAUAAUAUCCAAUAACGACAAGAAUUCGCUGCCUAAUAAUGGAGAUAUUAACAGGAGCCGUGACACCAUCUUCUUCUCUAAUAAACAAUAUCUUUAUCACUGUUCCCGCAGUUAGAUUUCCCCGAUGAAAGCAGUCGUUGCUAUGUGGAACAGACUUUGCGAAAAUUUACUGAUUUGCUAUACUUAUAAUAACAGUUACAAAUGACUAUUGACUGCUUCUCAGUGGCAAUACACUGAUUGCACUUUCGAGAGUAUGCACACGCAAACACAUACCCGGACACACACAUACACACACACGUACCUGUUUAGCGCGACAUGCCUACCGGAAGUAGAAUUUGACGAGUAAUAAGACGUUGACACGUGAGCACGCGUCCCGAGAGGAACGCGUCGAGACUAACGUGCACCCCACAGUUGUGUUUGCAGCUGGAUCCGAGCGCUCUUCCGUCGCUCCCGCUCAGCCGGAGAGACCACCGCCCCCGCUUCCCCCGCCACGCUUUCCGAACA